AUGAAGAUUGAACGGGCUAAACUCAAAAAAGGUGCUUCUGAAGUGCCGCAAGACUGCAAAGUUCUCAUCGAACGUUUGAAAUCUUGCUCCGAAGCUGAUCUCUAUCAUGAGCUUUGUUCGAUCCGAGUUUGGAAUUGGGGAAAGUGUGAGCUCUUUCACUGGAUCGACGUACUCGACUUGUUCGAUGGCUAUCUUGCGGAGGCUUGCGGUUCCGAUGGGAACGCAUGGGUGCUCCCAUGUGAUUUGGAGGAGAAUAAACACCGUCGGAAACUCCUCUUGGCCAUCCUGCAGUUCACGGCUCUUCUGAUCGAACACAGCUUCUCGCGGCAUCUGUACAACUCGAUGGAGUAUCUAACUCAGUUGCUGUCCUCCUCCGACAUGCAAACGGUCCUCGAUGUACUGAAUCUUCUUUACGUGUUCAGCAAGCGGAGUAACUUCAUCACGAGAUUGUGCGCCGAAAGGCGUCAAUACCUGCUCGAUCGAUUGACACAUCUGGCGGACAACUGGGGUGGCAAGGAGAACGGUUUCGGUCUUGCGGAGUGCUGCCGUCCCGCACCGAUUGCCAGUUUUCCGAGGAGUGCCACAACCCUGCACUUUGAAUAUCACGUGGAACCGGCCAGCGCUAAAUGCCGCAUUUCCCACAGCGCCGUCGUGGGCACCAUCCACCGAGAACAAGUGCACACGCUGGGUCCCUCAGCCGGUCACAUCAUGGCACAACUCCUUCAAGCGUACCCCGACGUACCGGAAAACAAGCGAAUGCUCCUCUUCACGCAUCUUCGUUUGGCUCAUUGCUUUGCGUCGUACGACCGCAGGCUGCAGUGCGUCCAGGCGCGCCUUCAGUCGUUGAGCAUUCUCGUUUACUGUUCCGCCAUCCAGGACAACUUGAAUUCGCUCCUGUACAACGGACUCAUCGAAGAACUCGUUGACGUGCUGGAGCUGCAGUUGACUGACCAGAGUGGGAGCCACGAUGAAUCACUGAUCGAGAUCAAAGCCGCUGCCUUGCGCACUUUGACAGCUAUCAUACAUUUGGACGGCAAUCCGAAACUGCAAGCCAUCAUAACGACUACCGGAGCUACAUCGUAUCAUGGAUUCCUGCCGUCUCUCGUGAGAUCAUGCAUCGAACGACUCACAGCUGCCGGCAGACAACGAGAAGCUGGAGGCUCGCAGAGCCCGGGCAUGCCCAACCUUGCUUUUGCAACUGCGCUCUUCUCCUUUCUAUAUCAUUUGGCCAGCUACGAAAGUGGGUGCGAGGCCUUGGUAGCGUGCGGCAUGGUUCAGUCUCUACUCAAGGUCAUUGAGUGGCCCGGAUGUGAACCGGAACACGUCACGUUUGUGACCCGGGCUGUUAGAGUUAUUGAUCUCAUAACAGGUCUGGAUAUGUCGGCUUUCCAGUCCAAUGGAGGUUUGGCGAUCUUCAUCCGCCGCUUGGAGCAGGAAGUCGAUAUCUGCCGACUUGAGCAACCAAAUGUCAUCCUGUCUGGAUCGGAUAUGGAGGAGAGCGGGCCCUCUUCCGCGCACUCAUUCGAAGACAGUUCGUCGUCGCUCGUCGCGACCGGUUCCCCCAAAGGACCUACCGGACCCGGACCGUCGACGUCUUAUUCAACGAACUCCAAUUUCAACGGGAAUAAUCAAUGUUAUCCACAAAGAGCCGCGCUGCUCAAAUCAAUGCUGAAUUUCCUGAAAAAAGUGAUAAACGACAACUCACAAAACUCUGAAUCCAAUCGCCACAUGAUGGACGGUUCACUACCCAGGUCCCUCCAACACAUCAUCUCGAACUGCGAAUACUACGGCGCGUCUCUGUUCCUUCUGGCGACCGACGUGGUCACGGUUUACGUGUUCCAAGAACCUUCGCUGUUGUCGUCACUCCAAGACAAAGGUCUCACCGAUGUGGUACUGCACGCACUUCUCGUUAAGGAGGUCCCCGCAACGAGGGAAGUUCUCGCCUCCUUACCGAACGUAUUCACCGCCCUCUGUCUCAACACUCGCGGUCUCGAGGCGUUCAUGGAGUGCAAUCCAUUCGAGAAGAUCCUGCGGGUCCUUGUGACGCCGGAGUACUUGGGCGCUAUGCGACGACGCCGGAGCUCGGAGCCCCUGGGCGACACGGCGUCGAACCUCGGCAACUCGAUGGACGAGCUCAUGAGACAUCAGCCGUCGCUCCGAGCCCCGGCGAUGGCCGCGAUCGUCAACCUACUGAACGAACUAUGUGCAAUGGGCUCAGAUCCUAAAUACGUUUGCUUGAAAGUUCAGGGAAGUAAGACAUCGGGUUCGAACGGGAACGGGGGAAGCCCGGGCACCGAGGGCGGAUCCGAUAACAAGAACACUGUGAUCGAGGUUUCCUCUGAGAGCGAUGACGACGAAGACGGCGAGGACCGAGAGAGUCCAGAGAGCCGGCAGUCGCAAACUGCGAGCGGCAGCGCUUCGAACGACGGCGUCUCGGGCUCGAAAAUGCAAAAUCCAGCCACGAAAAGCUCCGACACCAAGACUCAAGUACCUCUUGUGGACUACAUCCUCAACGUGAUGAAGUUCGUCGACGCCAUCCUGUCGAACAACUCGACAGAUGACCACUGCAAGGAGUUCAUCAAGCAGAAAGCCCACGUUCCUCUGUUGAAGAUCCUCUCUCUGCCCAACCUCCCGCUGGACUUUCCCGUGGUGCCGGCCUGCGUCGGUGUGGCCUCGGUGUGCAAAUCGAACCUGACGCUCGCACACGAGCCGCAAAUCCUAUCCGAGGGUCUGGCCCAACUCAACGAAGCCCUACAGCAGCUGGAACCUCUGUACUCGGCCCACAACACCGCGUUGGGAAGUUCGGUGCUCCUCCAGGAGCUCAUCGACGCUCGGGGCGCGGAGCAGAGUCCGCAGACCACGCCGCUAUUCUACGCCAUGUCCGCAACGCAUGCGUACGUCGUGAUGUUCGUGCACGUCUGCCGGACCGGCCAGGUCGACACCCGGAAGAUCUCCGUCAACCAGUGGGGGUCGGCGACCGGUUUGCGAGUGUUGAAAACGCUGUCGCAGCUCUACCUGAGCCUGGUGUGGGAGAGCACCGUGCUCCUGUCCCUCCGGUCGGAGAGCGCCAUCUCGUCGACGGCGAGCGUCGCGCGUCAGCAGCUCGCGAAUCUCAUGGGGAACUUUGACAGCGGCGGCGACAACAACGAUGAGGCGUCCUCGCCGAUGGACAUCGAUCAGCUGCCCGCGAGCGAAGGCAGAAUGUUGAUUCGUAUGCAAGGAGCCAUAAAACAAAUUCAACCCUUGUUGACCGGUGCUUCGAGACUCGGUCGUGCGCUGGCGGAGCUGUUUGGUCUUCUAGUUAAGCUUUGUGUUGGUAGUCCGAUGAGGCAGAGACGGAAUCAACAGCUGACUUCUUCGCCUGCAACACCGAGUCCAGCGGCGAAGUCAAUCGCGAUGGCCUUAACGAAACUGCUCGCUCAGGGUCUUUCGUGGCAGCCGCCGCCGGAGAAUCCCGAGGACCCGAGUCCGACGAAGAGCUGUUUCACGCUGUAUAUCUGUUCGGUGGGCUUCACGUCCCCGAUGUUGUUCGACGAGCGGAAAAUGCCAUAUCAUUUGAUGCUUCACAAGUUCGUAUCGUCGGGCGGCCUGAACGCCUUCUUCCAGGCGUUCGAAUGGGCGAUGAAGUACUGGCCCGGAGAACUGGACCAAGCGCAGCAGCCGCAACACAAGACGGGUAAAAGAAGCGAUUUCGCCGAUGUCGCCGGGGAAUUCCUCGACGCGUGGCUCAUGCUCCUCGAGAAACUUGUCAACCCCAAGGCCGUUCUGGAAACACCGCACGUUCUGCCGAAGAACCCGCAGCCCGCAGCCGGUACCGCCGCCGCCGCUACGACGACCGGAUUCAAUUUCGAUCCGGUGCAGUAUUUGAUCCAUGUGCACCGGCGAACGUUCGCCGCAUGCACAAUGUUGUGGACCCGUAAGCCGUUGAAGGCAUACGGAGAUCGCAUGACCGAGUCCAUUCUGGCCAUUCUCUGUCAUCUGCUCAAGGGCGAAAGUAUCAUCAAGGAGAAACUCCAACAGAGCCAGGAACGGGCCGCGGCGAGAGCGGCCGCCAUCGCGACCGCCGGCGCCGCGUCCGCCGACUUCCGAAACGAGCCGGCAGGAGUUGAGGGAGUCCCGCCGCCCGCUGCCGCGGAUGCGGGACACGAUAAUCCCUUGGCUGCGCCUCUUUACUCCUUCGGGCUGCCGCGGAGCAGUACGCGCGCCAACGAGAUCCAACAGCUGGUGGACAUGGGUUUCGAUAGACAGAGAGCCGGAGCGGCUCUCGAGCUCAGUCGCAACUUGGAACAGGCCGCCGAACUUCUCCUCACGGAUCCCGAAGCUCAUCAACCGCCUGCGAGAUCGUCAAGGUUCUCCGCCGUGGGCGGCAGCGGUGCCGGAAGCGGCCCAGCAGCCUCAUCGUCGGCGGCGGCUUCGGCGGGCUCCGUUCAACAGCCGGACUUCGCUCAGACGUCUGGAUCGGCGGGUCAGUCAGCCGGCCGAGAGGAAGACCCUCCCCAGAUCGAGUCUCCCGCGCAGACGUCGCAGUCGAGCUUCGGAGACGAUCACGAAGAGAUGAUCCUGGAGAACGAGACACCGUUGGACAAAGCUUCGAUGGACUCUUUCACGAACGAACAACUGCUCCCCGGAUGUAUGAAUUUGCUCCAGACCCUGCCCGAGACCGUUUUCCGCGUUUGCGAUCUACUCGUCGUAGUCGUUCAGAGGAACGGCAACGAAUGGAGGGAUUUCGCGCUGCAGCAACUGUUGGGUGAUAUCAAAGCACGAGCAACGCAGAUGUUGAAUUCUGUCGCCGAUCUGACGCAAUCGAAUAACGAGACCUCGUUGCGACUCGCAGUCAUCGUGCACCUCGUCACUUUACUGUUCGUCGAGAUGAGAGUCGCAUGCGCUCAACUGCUGGAACAAAGUGAGAUGGUUCCUCUGCUGUGUCUGCUGGUCGAGAAAUACGCGUCGAACGCUCCGACCGUUCCUGCGAGUACCGCGUCGAGUGAGAUAACCUCACCAAAGUGGUUGGUCAGUGUCCUCAUUCUCUUGGAUCUGUAUGAAAAAGCGGUCGUCGCUCUGAACAGACGUACACCGCUCCUGCGACUGUCCCACCGUCAGUGGAAAUGGUUCGAAGAACGUUGCGGAAAAUGGAACGCGUACAGUCCAGCCAAUAAUCAACAAAUUGACGAAGCCUACGUGAAUGGCCUUCAAAGAGCUCGCUUCACAGCCGGGAGGAAAAAGUACAUGGCUGACUUCACAGCAAUGAUUCAAGUAAGUGAGGAUUCAACUCACUGGAGACCCAUAAUGGUGUCCUGGGACAAAUGGGACCCACAAGACAGUAAACCUCCAGGGGGUACUCUCCCAGAGCAGCUCGAGGGCUUGCGGCCCGGACAGAAAGAGCUCGUCAUACGAUCUUGUGUGCAAUUGAUCUCCACUCCCGUGGACGCUCAUACGCUACAAGCAAUCCUUCGUUUGUCUCUGAAUCUGACGAGAGGGCAUGCGGAAGCUACACUGUUCGCAGAGCUCGGUGGCAUAAAGUCUCUUCUGGCAUUGGACGGCUCUGCCUGUGCGUUCCCGGGAUUCACGUCUUUGGUGACUCUUGUGGUGCGGCACGUGAUGGAAGAUCCGAAAACACUGCAGGCCAUCAUGGAACGGGUCAUUCAAUCGAUGCUGCUUUCAGGAGGCAGUUCCCAGGUAGCGAUUAAGGAAAUGCACUACAUACUUCGAGUGCUGAGCCCGGCCGCGUGUAGAAAUCCAGAUUUGUUCAAAGAAAUCGCCAAGAACACACUCCGAAUCUCGCUCAUUCCCACGAGCAAACGGUCGAAUGAUGAGGACGACGACGCGCGUUUCGUGUCACCGUUCGCUGUGCACAGGCUACGAGCUGUGCCCACCGCGGGAAAAAGCUUUCCACCCUCGUUACCGCCGGUUGCCAAACAAGUUGUCGCUGAACUUUUGGAAACUCUCGUGACCGACGUCAAGAACGGAGACGAUUCCGUGCCGAGCCAACCGUUGCUACCGAAAUCAGCGAUCUGUCGUUUGUUGGCCGAGCUCGUGAAGAGCUACCCCGCUGUUGCCAAACAGAUUAUCGAGCACCGAUACCAUGGGACCGAACCUUGUUCGGCGUUGGCUUUCAUCAUCGAUAACCUUCUGCCCACUCCGUCCCAGCCGACUUCGUCCGCUCAACAGCAAGGGCAAGCUCAGCAGUCGUCGUCGUCGACUUCUUCGUCGUCGACGUCGCAGCAACAAGCGCAACCUCAGACGUCGUCGCAACAACAAGCUCAACAACAGCAAGCCGGAACGAGUACGGCCACUCAGACCGCUCCCACGACGGUUCAUCACGACAAAGACGCUGCCGCCCUAUCGAGGGUUCUCAUAACGACACUUGCUGGGUGCAGUCACCCGUCGGAGGUACAAAACUCGCUCCUAUACGAAUUGCGUGCAGCCUUCCAACGAGCCCUAACCCUCCCGGAAAGUAGUGAGAAACAUUCGCGAAUCCAGGCCUUGACUGGAUUAGUUGGAUGCAUUGCACGAGUGGCCUCGACCCCAUCGAAGGCGGUUCCCCCAUCGCGAUUAAUUCAUCUGCUCAUCAAGAAAGGAAUUCUGGGCGACCUGGCUCGCGUGUCACACUCGCUGGAUCUCUCGUCGCCGCAUUUGGCCGCCACGAUCAACUCGGCCCUGCGACCUCUCGAACUCUUGACGAAUCCCGUCAGCCUCCAGAACUCGAAUCCGUUCAAAAAGUCAUCGAAGAACCGAUCGUUCGCCGAUGUCGUCGCCGGCCGAAGGGACGACGACGAGGGCGCUGACGACGAUCAGGAGCUCGAGGCUCUCAGACGAAACGAUGAAGUGGGUUCAGCUGUUGUCAACGGGGCCGGUUCCGUAAUCCCGAGCAUCGACAACAUAAUGGAAAUGAUCUUCGAUAACGACAUCAACGGAACGAUCAACGCCGUCGAUGAAAUCGAGGAGGAAGAACCACCGCCGAGAAGUCACCGUCCUACCAGAACGAUUCGGGUCGAAGAGGAUGACGUCGAAGGAGUCGACGACGAUUCCCAAAUGAUGCACGACGAUGAUCACGGAGUGGAGCCCGCACUCCAAGCCGAAGAUGACGAAGAGGUGGUCGUCGAACCGGUGGAACCGGACGAAGAGGAGGACGACGAUGAGGACAGCGAUAGUGAAGUGACGGCGGACCGUGAGGACGCCGCAGAAGAUGCGGCCGCAGGGUCGGCGGGAGGAGGAUCCGGUGCACCUGCUGUCUCGGGCGCCGGUCAAGCUGCAGCAGGAGUCGCUGAGGAGGAUGAAGAGGAAGACGACUUCGAUGAAGAAGACGAUGAGGACGAGGACGAUGACGAUGAGGAGAAUCCCUUUGGAGGGAGCAACAACGAAGUGCUCCACAGCACUCUGCUGGCACGAAUGGAUCGCAGCGUCGGCAUGGGUCGUUCGGCUGUGAAUCCUUUCACUGAGAGCCUUCUCCUCCAGGUCAAUCUCGAAGAUAUGUUCCCGACCCAUGUGUUUUCCGAUACCGAUGGCGUCAGCCGAUACCUACCGAACCUGAUGGACUGCUGUGAUCUGCCCGAUGGCCUCUCGGUCAUACCCCCAGCUCCAGGAGCGGUUGCUUCCAGUCAUCCCCUGCUCAGUCGGAAUAACGACACCGCCGGUUCUUCUUCCGGGACCCAGGGACAAGGAGCUUCGCGCAACAGUAGAGGACGCACUCUCGGAGUACAGAGUCGCAUGGGCGCCUCAGGUGGUUCUCGGACAACGAUGAGUGCGGCCUGGCAGCUCUUGAGUGGCAGGGCUAAUCCUCCCGCCAUUCUCCAGAGAUUGUUCGGACCCGCUCAGGACCACCACAUGCCCAUCCAGAUUUCGACCAGUGGAAGCCACUACGGACACGGAUCGGGUGGCGGCAGCUCGAGCGGUCAUCAUGUCACGACAACGCCUCGGGUGCUGUUCGCCAACACAAUGCUCGACGCCCCCGAGGAUUGGUUCGUCGAUCUGUACGAUGAGAACGUUCCGGGAUCCUCGAGUCAGCGAAAUGCCGCAGGGGGCUCGGGUACCGUACCGGCCGCCCAUACCCGUUGGAUCGAAGAGAGCAGGGUUCUAGACGGAGAUUCGCUCCACGACUGCGUUGCUUUGCUCAAACCGGAGAUCAUCUCUCACCUAGAGAAGUUGCGCGAUGAGGAGCUCGCACAAAGAAGGGAAAAGCGGAAGGAACGGGCCAAGAACGCUCAGGAUAAGAAAGAAUCGGAAGCCGCCACCGACGACAACGAUAAACUACAACAGGCUCAGCUGGAGCAGCUGAGCACCGCAUCCCUGGCCGAUUCGGCGACGGCAAUCCAAAGCUCGUCAUCGACCAGCAACAACAGCGAUAAUCGGCAGAGUAGCGGCGGCGGUAGUAGCAGACAUGCGGAAGACUUCCAGGACAUGGACAUGACCAUCGUCGUCGAACGGACCCAAGCCCAUGAGGAGUUCGCACGAGGAUUCCUCGAAGGCCUAAUCGCCGUCGAUUCGUCUUCAGUUGGCAUGUCGUCAGACGCUGAAUCGGGACGAGCCGAUCAAUCAGCUGCGGCCUCAGGUGAGUCGCCGGGACGUGCGCCUUCAGGCUGGAUACAGGACGACCAAGCCGCCCAAGGCGAGCCAACGCCCAUGGACACCGCCUCACCCCCGUCUCGCCGUAGUGCAGAACGGACAGAAGCCCAACCCCAACAUUCGAGCCGAUCGAGCUCCGAUGAAUCGAGCCCUCUGAUGGAAUCUCAAGCUGGCGCUAAUCUCAACGUUCAGAGCGACGUACCGAUGAUUUCACCCGAAUCAGCCGUCAAUCAAGAAGACCUUCCCUCGCACUUGGAUCUGGCGGGCUCGAGCAUAACGGAACAACAAAGCCAGUCGAUUCCCGCUGCUGCUUCAGCAACUGCCCAGGAACAACAGCAGCAGAGCUCGAGCGACGCUCGCGCUUCUGGAUCAAACGAAUACUCGGCGAUCCUUGGCGACAUCGAAGUUCCCGAAGGUGUGGACCCGUCUUUCUUGGCGGCCCUCCCGGAAUCGAUGCGGCAAGAAGUCAUCCAGGACCAUCUGCGAAUGCAGAGACUCCGACAGCAAAACCAAACUUCGUCGUCAAGCGCAGCGGCAGCUCCCGCCUCGGGCUCGUCGUCCUUCACCGAGGUGAACCCCGAAUUUUUGGCCGCCCUGCCUCCGAACAUCCAGGAGGAGGUUCUAGCUCAACAGCGGGCUGAACAGCAACGACUGGCGUCCCAGAACCAAGCUCCGGACGAACCUGCGGACGCCAGUGCGUUCUUCUUGACGUUGCCGGCUGGACUGCGUCAGACCAUUCUGCAAGAUCUUGACGACUCUCUUCUGCCGAUUCUACCUCCAGACCUCGCACAAGAAGCACAAACGUUGAGAGCGCAGGCUCUGCAACAGAGAGAGAUCCUCCAAGACCGCUUGUUUUCGAGCGGAGGAACAUCGACCCUGUCGCGUAUUUUGCGAACAGCGGUCAACCGGAUGGGUAGCGGCGGAGUGACCCGGUACACGAUCCACAACUUGCCUCUGAGGCCUUCGGGUCGAGGCGGGUCGAGUGCCUGGGCCUGGAACGCCAUCGGAGGCUCCCAUAUGGUUCGGCAUCGAAACGUCAGUCGGCAACUUAUCGACUUCGAAGCCCUGUCGUGUCUUCUUGUUUUGUUGUUUGUCGACGAACCACGUCUGAACACCAAUCGACUCCAGAAGGUUCUGAGGAAUUUGGCUUACAACGAAGCCACUCGACUGUGGCUCGUACGGGCCUUGUUAUCGAUGAUUGAGAAAGCUACGCCCGCGUCACCCGACGACAGUAUCGAUCACUUGACCUACUUCAACAAGAAAACAGCCGCCAGCUGGCUAUCCAUCAGCCUGGAUGCCGCCCUCGGAUGCAAGACGAACAUUUUCCACAUUUACAACGGUCAAGUUCUGAUCCAUCCGCAAGCGGCGAACAUGGUGUGCCGGCACGCGCUCGACACGCUCAUCUCGUUGGGCAAAGCAUUUCCGAAGCAUUUCAUGCCGUCCACCCGGCACCAACAGCAGUCGCAGCAGAAGGAUCAAGCUCAGCAAGACGGCAAGAACUCCAAACCGACGGACUUCUGGUCGUUGAUCGUCAGGCUCGAACAGCAGUCCCACGGAAAGGCCAAGGGCAAGCAGUUGUCCACCCCGAUCAAACUCCAGUCGGGAUCGUCAUCAUCGAAGAAAGACGACGACUCGGAGGAAGCUCAAGAGCAGGGACCUAGCCGAGACCCUCGCGAGUCGGUGAACAGCGUCAUGAAGAUCGUCAUCGAAUCCAUGACGGGCGCCCAAUUCAAAGCGAGUCCUCUCUUCCAGCUCAUUUUGCUGCUGGCGCAUCCGGUCAUCCAGAACAGCCAGCUGUUGACCGAUCGACUGCUGCGUCUUCUGGCGCUGGUCGUCAUCGCCGUCGAAGACCGACCGAACACGAUCACGCCCUCGCAGAGGACGGCCCAGCAGGCAGCCGGCAACGACGCGUCGACGGCGAACAAGAACGGGGAACAGCCGACGUCCGCGACGGGAGCCCCGAGCUCGAGCAAACAGGAUGCGUCCGCGACGACGAGUGAGACCGAGAACCGGGCGGCCGGAGCUUCGACCACGGCCGACGCAGACCGGGAGGAGACCGAACAAAUUCUGGAAUCCCAUCUGAAGCUCGCAGUUAACACGCUGACUUCGAAAUCGUGCUCGGAAUCCGGUCUGGAAGACGCUACCGCGCUCCUCCUGAAACUAUCGAAGGGAUCUUCGCUCGUUAGGAAAGUCGUCCUGAAACUGCUUCUGGACGGUGCUCGGCAACUCGGUCAAACGGUUUGCGAACACAUAAGUCAACUCGAAAACGAACUUCGGGGGCUAUCCGAAACCGCCGACGACAAGCCCGGUCCCAGCGGUACCGCGAUCAAGGGAGUCAUCCAAGACCGAUUCACCUCGGGGGCCGUGGUCAUCACGGCACCGAAAAGUCGCGUCAGUUCUCAAGCCGGCGGCAAACUGGCGGCCGGAGCUUCGAGUCGAGAGCUGCAGUUGGCUUCGAUGGCCGCAUUGACAUCCAAGACAUCGAACCAGGCUUUCCUGCUUCGAGUUCUCAAGGUCAUCAUUCAGCUGCGCAACUGCGCCCAGAACAGCACCGGUGCGAUCGCUGACCCUUCGGCCGCGGACAAAUCGCAGCCGACGCCGCUCUGUUCGCUGAGUCACGAAUUGGCUCUCGACGCCUUGUGGAAUAAAUUGUCGGAUUGUCUGACAGAGCUCGCCGACGCCCCAGACCAACACGCUGUUCUCGUCCUGCAGCCGGCGGUCGAAGCGUUUUUCCUCGUUCACGCCGCAUCAUUCCGAAACAGUCCCGCAGGCUCAACAGCUGCAGGAGGCUCGAGUCUCCCCGCGUCGGCGGCAGGAGCUGGGGCUUCUGGCUCGGCGGCCGGCGCCGCGGGCUCGAACGACCGGGGUUCGCUCCAGGCCGAACGACCUUCAUUCGGAGAUCAGGCGAACCAAUCCGCGGGAGCAGCUGAACCAAUGAUGAUGGAACCGAGCGAGCUGGUCCUCGAAAUGCCGCCCGUAUCGCCACCGGAUGUCGCUAUCCGAAGGGCAGGGGCCGACGACGACGACGCCGCCGGUGGAUCGAGCGACGACAGCAACGCCGACAUGGGAAAGUUCCUCAAUUUCGCCGAAACGCACCGAAUGGUCCUGAACCAGAUUCUGAGACAGUCCACCGUUCAUUUGCCCGACGGUCCGUUUGCUGUUUUGGUCGAUCACACUCGAAUCCUCGACUUCGACGUCAAACGAAAAUAUUUCCGAACCGAACUGGAGAAAACCGAUGUCAGUGGACGCAGGGAGGAUGUUGCCAUCCAUGUCAAACGUGAGCUCGUGUUCGAAGACUCCUACAGGGAAUUGCACAGACGACCUCCGGAGGAUUGGAAGAACAGGCUGUACAUCGUCUUCGAAGGCGAAGAGGGCCAGGAUGCUGGCGGCCUACUCCGUGAAUGGUACACCAUCGUUUCCCGCGAGAUCUUCAACCCGAUGUACGCUCUUUUCACGACCUCUCCCGGCGACCGGGUCACCUACAUGAUCAACCCCAGCUCACACUGCAAUUCCAACCAUCUAUCGUAUUUCAAAUUUGUGGGUCGGGUAAUCGCUAAGGCAAUUUAUGACAACAAACUGCUGGAGUGUUACUUCACAAGAUCGUUCUACAAACACAUUCUGGGACGGCCCGUCAAGUAUAUCGAUAUGGAGUCCGAGGACUACGAUUUCUACAAAGGGCUCGUCUUCCUCCUCGAACACAAAGUUGAGGAGCUCGGCUACGAUCUCACUUUCUCCUUGGAAGUCCAAGAGUUCGGAGCGAAUUCCAUCAAAGACCUGAAGCAGAAUGGUCGUCAUAUCGUUGUGACGGAAGAAACGAAGCACGAGUAUGUGCGACUCGUUUGUCAAGAGAAAAUGACAGGGGCCAUCAGACCCCAACUCAACGCCUUCUUGGAAGGUUUCUACGAGAUAAUUCCGAAACAACUGAUUUCGAUCUUCAAUGAGCAAGAACUCGAGCUACUCAUAUCCGGACUCCCGAAUAUCGACAUCGACGAUCUGAAACAGAACACCGAGUACCACAAGUAUCAGAGCAACUCCCUACAGAUCCAGUGGUUCUGGCGGGCUUUGAGGAGCCUAGAGCAAGCGGAUAGAGCCAAAUUCUUGCAGUUCGUGACGGGAACAUCGAAGGUCCCUCUGCAAGGUUUCAGUUCCCUCGAAGGCAUGAACGGUGUUCAGAAGUUCCAGAUUCAUCGGGACGACAGAUCCACAGACAGAUUGCCGUCGGCGCACACUUGUUUCAAUCAACUGGAUCUGCCAGCCUACGAAACCUACGACAAGCUAAAGGCGAUGCUUCUGAAGGCCAUAAGGGAGUGUUCCGAAGGAUUUGGGUUCGCCUAA